AUGGCACCUAUGGAAGUUCCCCGAUUACAUUUUCUCAAUGAAGCUGCUGAGUGGUUGGCGAAGCGUAGUCAAUCCACGUCGGCGCAUCUCUUAGGGGUUCAUACCCGAAUUCUUCACGAGGAGUUGAAACCACUCAACACUCACCAAAAGAAGCAUCAUUGUGCUUGUGGUAGUUUGAGACAAUCUCCAAAGACUACACGAAUCAUUCGAGUGCAAAAAGGAAAGAAAAAAGCCAAUACAGGAAGUGCAUUGGUGUACAUGUGUUUGCGUUGCAGGCAACGAACAGUCUUGUCACGUUCAAAGCCACUCCCUAAACCUUCUAAUCCUUCACGUUCUUCUCCUGUCACUGCUACAGCUCCCCCAAUUCCAUCCACGUCAACCCCAGCAGAGGCUUCAGCAUCCGAGUCAUCAACACCUAAGACAGCCGACAACAUCAAUAGCAAAAAACGAGCUAAAACUCGCAAACAAGGUGGACUCCAAGCUCUACUGGCCGCUAAACAAAAAAGUCAACCUUCGGGUCCUUCCCUUGAUCUGUUCGACUUCUUGCACGCGGGGUGGAAACGAGCUCCAACAAUACAGAGAAGCUUGCACUUUCCGCCCGACACAUCGGCUUUCGCGUGGAAGUUUUUCGGCAACAUGUCUGUUUAUUCUCACGAUGAUGAUGAUGAUCAUGACCCCCAGGCCGACGAGCUUCGAGAGACCGCCCUCGUCACCCUGGAAGCUCUGAUCAGCUCCUGCAACCAGCAAAUGCAGCCUUAUCUCAUGAACACCACCCGAGCCGCCCUGCGAUUCCUGAAAUAUGACCCCAAUGUCGCCGAAAUGGAAGAUGAUGAGGAGAUGGGGGGCACACAAGAUGAUGGCAGCGAGGACGACGCGACCGAGGAGCCGGAUCUGGACGACGACGACUUUGAGGACUUUGAGGAGGAAGGUGGAUACAGCGAUGUAGAUGACAUGAGCUGGAAGGUCCGUCGAUGCGCGGCCAAGCUUCUCUACAGUCUCAUUUCAACUUACGGCCGUAACAGCGGCCUGGAGGAUGCCACUUUGUACCAACAGGUCGCACCCGCUUUGAUCACCCGCAUCAGCAAAGAGCGUGAGGAAAGCGUGAAGUUGGAAAUCAUCUCUACCCUGACGGCAUUGGUGCGCAAAACAAGCGAGGGGUCCAUCAUUCUCACGUCCAGUGGCUACUUGGAAGCUGUGGGAGGAUCCAAGAACUCCCGCAAGAGAAGACGCCAGGACAGUGAUGCGAGCAUGGUAGAUUUUGAACCUGGUGUGGGAGCGUCCUCGGCCAUUGACUCCCCAGUCGUUCCCUCAUCGCCUAAAUCGGGACCUCAGGCGGAUCUGGCCCGUUCGGUUCCUCUGAUUGUUCAGAGCCUCGUGAAGUCCUGGAAACAGGCCUCGAUGCCCUUGCGACAGGCUGCUAUCGUCCUCUUGAAAAGUCUUUCGUUGGUCCGUUACGGCGGACUUGCUGAUCAUCUCCAGCAGAUUGAAGAUCUGAUUGCGGAUGCUCUGAAGACAACAUCGCUUGUAGGCAGUUCAGCUGCCCACUCUGGUGCGGCUGUUAGUGCUGGCACUCUGCAGAUUGAAACCCUAGGCCUGGUCUCUGCCAUUGCAGAAACACACCUGUCGGACUCCCUUCUUCCAUUCCUCAUCGCCCUAGUUCCGGGUGUCGUGGGAGCUGUCAACGAGCGGAACUACAAAGUCAGCAGUGAGGCACUGGGCGCCGUUGAACAAAUCGUGAAGGCUCUGACCCCACCACGCGUGUCAGAGAAUGGCCCGGAUGUCGCUAUGCAGCUCGAGAAGCUUUAUGACGUCGUUCUUGCUCGGAUCACUGACACCAGUGCCGACCUAGAGGUUCGCCAGCGCGCGAUUCAUGUAUUUGGUGUCAUUCUGGCACGGACUUCUGGUGACCGUGGAACCGAGUACCUGUCUAGCGACCGCCGAUCGAAGGGCCUCAACAUUUUGGUUGAUCGUGUCAAAAACGAAACAACCCGCCUGGCUGCUGUGCGGGCUAUUGAUGAUGUGAUUGUCUUGGCUAGCCGCAAAGACGAUGUCAGCAGUGACUGGGUCAACACGGUCACCAUCGAGUUGGGUUCAAAUCUGCGGAAGUCAGAUCGUGCUUUGCGUAGCUCUUGCCUUGAAGCUCUGCGUAGCAGUGCUAUGAAUGUUAACACUCGCUCCCAUAUCAAGCCCGACACAAUGGCCAGUCUGGAAGCGGCCUUGUUGCCGCUCUUGUCAGCUCCGGACUUCCAUCUUCUCACUCCAACUCUGAUCAUCAUUGCCAAGCUGGUUCCUGGCAAUUCAAAGACGCUUGUCAACGAGUCUCUCAUCCAAUCGAUCUGCUUGAUUGUCAAGCAGCCACUCGUGGGUACCGUCUUGAAGGCCCUGCUCCUUCUUGUGAAGGUCAUUGGUGAUGAAGGUGUGGGUGCUCAAUUGAUGCAGAGUUUGCUCCAAAACGUUGGCAUUACUGGCGACGCAUCUGUCGUUGGAAGAGCCAUUGGUACUCUGCUUGUCCACGGCGGUCCGAAUCUUGGAGUCACAAUGGAAGACUUCUCCGCCGAGCUUAGCACCGCCACAGAUGACAGCCGCAAAUGUCUCGCGCUUGCCAUUCUCGGCGAAAUUGCUUUGCGAAUGGGUGUCGACUGUUCAUUGACCCCGGAUCACUUCAUUACUCAUUUUGAUUCUCCGUCUGACCGCGUCCGCUUGGCUGCUGCUACUGCCCUCGGAAAUGCGGCAGCUGGAAGUGUCAAGGCUUACCUGCCGAUCAUUCUGAAUGGCCUGGUUAAAUCCAACGCCCAGAGCUACCUGCUCCUCCAUUCCGUUCGCGAGCUGCUUCAGCAUGCCGAUGUGCGUCCUGAGCUGGCCCCGACCGCUCUAAAACUGUGGCAGGCAUUGCUGCAGGUCUCCCAAGAGGAAGAUAAUCGGGCCGUGGGUGCGGAGUGCAUUGGCCGACUUGCCUUGAUUGAUCCUGUAGCCUACAUUCCUCACUUCCAGGAACAUCUCAAUAAUUCUGAUCCCGUCGUGCGUGGUGUAGUCAUUUCAGCGUUCCGUUACACCCUGGCUGAUGCGAGCGAUGCUUUCAACGUUGUUCUGCGUCCAUUGAUAGUGCCUCUCUUGACCAGCAUGCUAGCGGAGAGGGAUCUCGGCAAUCAUCGACUUGCAUUGACUACACUGAACUCUGCCAUUCAUAACAAGAUGAGCAUCAUUCUGCCUCAUCUCGGUGAAUUACUCCCUGCGGUUUUCGGCGACACCCACAUCAAGCCAGAGCUGAUUCGUGAGGUGCAAAUGGGCCCAUUCAAACACAAGGUGGACGAUGGACUUGACUUGCGCAAGAGCGCGUACGAAACCCUCUAUGCUUCACUGGAUACCCCAUUUACCCGCUUCCACCUCUCUGAACUUUUUGACCGUGUCCUUGCCGGAGUUGAAGAUGAGCAAGACAUCCGUGCAGUCAGCAACCUGAUGACCUCCAAACUCAUCGUAUCCGUACCCGAGGAGACCGAGCGCCGGUUGGAUGCUCUGGCUGAGCGGUACACAGCUAUCUUGUCAUUCAAGCCCAAGGACAACGCUGUCAAACAAGAGCUGGAGAAGGCACAGGAGGCGUCGCUGGGCAUCCUUAAGAUCACCAAGGAGCUUAGCAAGGCGUUCCCAGGCGCCGAAGCCUCUAAUGAUUUACAUAAGUGGAAGGGGUAUAUGGAAUGGGUUCGGAAGAACUUCACGUCGCAGUUCCAGAGCCUUGAAACGGAUAUGUAA